AUGGCCACGGCCACAGCAGCAACAACAGCACCGGCUGUACCAGCACCGGCACCAGCACCAGGAAGUGGUUUCGACGCUGCGGGCCAUGCCCCGACUCUGAAUCCCACAUUGUCUUCUUCUGCUUCGGUAUCCGCAUCCGCGUCCACAACAGACGACGCGUCCCCUUCAUCCUCCUUUUCCUUCUCCUCUUCGCAGAGCGCUGUCGCAUUCCAUACUCCCUCAGGGUCUGCGACAUCUUCGGCAAACUCGCCUUCUUCACCCUACCACGCCCAUCGCCUGAGCCACAACUCGUCCAAACUUCCUGCCUUUCGGUUCGCCGACUUACACAAGCAGCACCAGCACCACCCACGUCUAGUGCUCCCCUCAUUGCUGCACCACAUCCCGCCGCCACCCUCGCCUGUCUCGCCUAAAUCUCAAGCGCCUUCCAGCCAAAACCGCCCUACUGACACCGUCGCCGACACUGACACUGACACUGAUACGGCCAUUGGCAUUGGCAUUGGCAUUACCACCGCCACUGACUCCGCUUUUCCCACCACCCUGCCAACAACAACGUCAGACUUGCACGACCAUCAGCGACCGCAACACAAAUUCGCCGACCAAUCCGACAAUAACAUUUACUCUCCACAAGACACUCGGCCGACUUCACUUGGACUGAGCCACGGCCGCCACCCUUCCCACCGCCAACUCUCUCAGCUCUCGCCCCGGAUCUCGAGCCCCAUCCACGAGUUGCCCGAGUCUCCUCCUAAGCUCAGUCCGCGAUCCAGAGCGUCGACCUACCAGUCCGUCGCGCAGCAGCCCAUCCCUGCAGUCACAUCCGUCUCACCGAGGCGGCCCGCCUCUUAUCCCGAUUCCCCCGUCAUCGUGCAGUCGUUACCACCCCGCCGCGACGUCGCAGAUCCCAAGACGACUGCCCUUCCUGCCAGGCUACAAAGUCGACGAGCCGCUACAUCUCGAUCUCGCGAGUCAAAUGCGACCGACCCCGAGUCACCACCGCCGCCUGUAGCAGAGACUGGUGCCGCGCAUCCCUCCGACACAACCGACGACGCGCUUCCGUCCCCGGCCGACAGGACCACGAAGGACUGGGCCCAGGGCCAGCGUGAGCUGUUGUUACCCAAAACCUUACAAAAUUCGAGUCCGACAGAUGAGAGACGAAGAUCAGUAGCGUCGCGACCCCCCGUUUCUUUCAAAGCUACUGCCGCCGCCGCCGCCGCCGCCACCACCACCACUCCGACCGCCUCGGUGCGCGUGGCCCCUAUCCGCUCUUUUCGAUCAUCCGGGUCUCGUCGAAGUCUGGGACUCGACAGCAGCACCUCUACCAUGCGCUCCUUCGAUUUUGGUGACGACCUCGCCGACUCCAAUCAACGCGACCGCACCCUGCGUGCACUCGAGGGCAGACGCGACGACGAUUACUCGCAAAUGACACAACCGCUGUCGACCGACGCCGACGACACCACCGGUGACGUCUUUAUGAAGAUCGCGAGACAGGAGCCAACACGUCGUGGCUCUGGAGAUGUUGCGCCAGCGGAGCAACCGAGUGCCAUACAUCAUUUCCCACGUUCCCGAGACGCCCACCCUGGCGUCCCGGACACAUGCGCGAAGAGUUUCGCCAUGGACGACCGCGAGCUGACCGAGGAUGACCAACAGACCCGCAUCGCAAGAUCUUCCCAUCGCCGACCCCUCUCCGCCGCCGUCCCCUUGUCUUAUCAUCAUCCCGUCUCCCCGCCCCAGAUCAGUCGUCGACUCUCCGACCAGCAGGAGACGUCGAAAAAACGCGUACGUCAAUCCGAGGACGACAGUGCCACUGACCCAAUGGCACGCGCUUUGGCGUAUCGAUCACCCCUGACCCGAGACCGCCCCUCGUCUGUUCAUCCCGCCGAGGAUCUUGGACGCGCGAAAACCUUCCAGCCCACCAACCACUCUGCCAGCCGCUCGAUUGUCAACACGCCUCGGUCUUUUACCUUCCAAGACCCCAUGGGCGAGAACUCACCCUACGCACGGAGACGGCCUUCGUUGACCGACAGCAACUCCGGCUACUCGGCCCGCAACUCGGCGUAUAGGCAAUCGAAUCUCCAAUACGGCCAGACACGCACUUACAACUCUUCACCAUUGGUUCCCAAGUCGACGGAAUCGCCACACACUGAAGCGCAACAGGAUCCUAGUCACGCGGUCGAGGGCACUGAAUCGACAGCAACGGCCUCGACGAACGCACCAUCGACCGUGUGGGACGAGCUGGACGAUCUCAAGUCGCGAAUCCAUCGAUUGGAACUGACGGGCAAGCUGCCCGCGACCUCUGGCGCCGCGAUGUCUCGAGCCUCAGACGAACGUCCGCCGACCGCAACCAACACCACCAUGUCCACCUCGCCGAAACGAACCUCUGGCGGCAACAGCCAUCCUCAUCAUGAUGCUGUCAGCACCACGUCCUCGCAACGCGAGACUCAGCAGCCCAUCCUGCUCUCCGCUGUCAGCAAAUCCAAACCGUUUCUCAGCGACGAAGUCGCCCGGGCACUUGAGGUGGCUGCCACAGAUGCUCUGGCACUCGCCAACAUGAUGGGGACCGCCGGCCAACCCGGACCCAUCUCGAGCGGUGCGAGCACCAUCGGCAUCGGCACGAACCUCACGGAUCGCCAAUUGCGACGCAAGGCCGAUAGCAUCUGCCGAAGCCUGACGGAACUGGUGUUGGCGCUGAGCGAGGAAGCGGCCGGCAACAAGACGGUCCAAGUCAACGUACCUGCCCCUAAAGAAACGGCGACUCCCUCUACCCCGACGGUCGUCAAGACGUUCACCGGUGCCGUUGCCCAGCGUCGCCCUAGUAUUACAUCGGAGCAGCAGACCCUCCCGAAACCGAAUAGCAAUGCAGUCACGAGCCCCAGAGCCUUGUCCAAGUAUGAGGAGAGGCGCAACACCAUGCUCAACUCCAGCGCGCUACCUACUCCUAGAUUCGCCCUUCCUCCAGGGACGAUCCCAAGCACGCCAGGAGAUGGAAACAAGACGGCCCACAGAAAGUCGUCUUUGUUCAUCGGCCGGUCUCGUCGUGCCGUUACCGAGGAGCCCGAGGAUGGCCGGAGGUCUUCAAUGCUCUUGAGAACCCGGCGAGCAGGUACCGAGGAGCCGGAGGACUCGCGUGAGAGUGGCCGCCAAACCUCUCUGCUCCGAUCACGCCGGGGCACCGUUGGCGAAGAAGACGACGAAACGCGGUUCCGCGCCCCCUCGCGAGCCGCUACAGAGCUCACGACACCGGCUCGUGCCGUCUCCCACACAUAUCACUCUCAGACGGGCUCGAACGAGGUGUCUUCGCCGGCUUCUUCUGCCCUCCCGCGCAGACGGUUCGGGGCGUCGUCCCUCGCAUCUCGUCUGGUCGCGCCAUCUACGCCGUCAAUGGCAUCACGGCGGUAUCUCGAGAGAACGCCGGAACGCGAACAAUUCUCGUCGGCCGAGAAACCUACCGAAGAGCGGUCGCAACAAGCUGUAGCACAGCCGCGACACUUCUCUCUCAGCCACACGUCGCUGCUGAAUCGGGCCAGCAGCAUCAGCCGCAGCAGGCCCAACCGCGACAGCACGAUUACGAAUUCAUCGACGGCUGCCCAGUCGGGCAGUUACCGAUAA